GUCGCCGCCUGCCCGGCUGCUGUCUGGCGGGGGAGGAGCUGGAGACCCGGAGCAGCCCCGGCGGCCCUGACGGUCGGCGGCCGAGAGCCCCUAGAGCUCCGCUCGUCCAGAAGAGCGCGCGGGUGUCAGCCCUGGGUCUACACCUGACAGUCACUGGAAUGCUACUUCAGGCCUUAGAAGAAAGUGAAACUAAUUGUAAAGGCCCCUUAUCCUUUCUGUUACCUGCCUGCUGAAGUGAAAAUAGAUCUCCCUGCUCUUUUAUUCUGAACUGAUUUGACUUUCCCAUCUCCCAAGCUUGUGCAGGGAGCAGGAGCCUUUCCGCUCAAGGCCCAGCUAUAUUGGAAACCCUCCUAAGUCAGAGCCAUGGGUCAGGAAUCUAGCAAGCCCGUAUGGCCCAAGCCAGCAGGAGGGUAUCAGUCCAAUACAGGCAGGAGGUAUGGAAGAAGGCAUGCUUAUGUCAGUUUCAGGCCAUCCUCGAGCCAGCAGGACAGGAUUUCCAGCCAGAGAAAGACAACAUCCGAAGUCCCAAUGCACAGAUCAGCCCCCAGUCAAACCACCAAGAGGAGCCGGUCACCAUUUUCCAUCACCCGUCGUACUUGGGAAGACAGUGAGAGCUCUGGAGCCAGCCUGAAUGUUGAUAAUGAGGACUACUCCAGGUACCCACCGAGAGAGUACAGGGCUUCAGGUAGCAGAAGAGGAUUGGCUUAUGGACAUGUUGACUCUUUUGGGGCAGAUGAUAGUGAGGAGGAGGGGGCUGGGCCUGUUGAGCGAGCACCAGUUAGAGGGAAAACUGGCAAGUUUAAAGAUGAUAAGCCCUACGACCCAGAGAAAGGGGCCAGGUCUUUGGCUGGGGUGGCUCCACAGUUCUCUAGCUUUAAGCGUGAUGUGAGAGAGGAGCUUGACAAGUUAGACCCGGCCCCUGCAGCAAGAUGCUCUGUUAGCAGAGCUGAGUUCCUGCAGCAAAAUAGCAUGGCCUCUCAGAUAUCUGCUGAAGGCAAGGUGGCUACCCAUUGUGACAGCCGGGAGAGUCAGAGACGGGAGCAGAAUUUCCCUGCACAUCCCAGCAGGGCUCCUGUGAGUAUUUGUGGUGGUGGGGAAAACACCCCCAAGAGUGCAGAGGAGCCAGUGGUGAGGCCUAAAAUCAGAAAUCUGGCGAGCCCCAACUGCGUGAAACCAAAAAUAUUUUUUGAUACUGAUGAUGAUGAUGAUAUGCCACAUAGUACUUCCAGGUGGAGGGAUACAGCCAACGCCGAAGGCCACUCGGAUGGCCUAGCAAGAAGAGCCAGAGGUGAGAGUUCAGGUGGCUACUCUGAGCUGAAGUACCCCGAAGACAAGAGGGAAGCCAGGAAUGACCAAAGGAAGCCAGAAAAGGUACCAAGACGGCGGCGAACCAUGGCUGACCCUGACUUCUGGACAUACAGCGAUGAUUACUACAAAUACUGUGAUGAAGACUCUGACAGUGACAAAGAGUGGACUGCUGCUCUGCGGCAGAAGUAUCGAGAUCGAGAGCAGAAUCUGUUGUCCAGUGGUGAAAGCUGGGAGACUCUGCCAGGGAAAGAAGAGCACAACUCUGAGCAGGUCAGAGUGAAUGCUGGUGCCAGCGCCAGUGCCAGCCCGGGUACCGGCGCCAGCGCCGGCAGCAAUAGCAGCAGUGAACUGGAAGACCUCCGAGGACCAUCUCUUCAGGAAGAGGAACACGCAUCCCCCAGAGAACGAGAAGCUCCUUGGCUCCAGUACAACGAAAAUGAGAGUAGCAGUGAGGGGGAUAAUGAAUCUGGUCAGGAGUAUCUACAGCCUGGGGUGUUCAUGCUCGAUGGAAACAACAAUCUUGAAGAUGACUCCAGCGUGAGUGAAGACCUAGAAGUGGAUUGGAGCCUCUUUGAUGGGUUUGCAGAUGGCUUGGGGGUGGCCGAAGCCAUUUCCUACGUGGAUCCUCAGUUUCUCACCUACAUGGCACUUGAAGAACGCCUGGCCCAGGCAAUGGAAACUGCCCUGGCGCACCUAGAGUCUCUCGCAGUGGACGUGGAGGUGGCCAACCCACCGGCGAGCAAGGAGAGCAUCGACACUCUCCCUGAGAUCCUGGUCACUGAAGAUCACAGUGCAGUGGGGCAGGAAAUGUGUUGCCCCAUCUGUUGCAGUGAAUAUGUGAAGGGGGAGGUGGCAACUGAGCUGCCUUGCCACCACUAUUUCCACAAGCCGUGUGUGUCCAUCUGGCUUCAGAAAUCAGGCACCUGCCCUGUGUGCCGCUGCAUGUUCCCUCCCCCGCUCUAAGGCCAAGGCUCUUUAUACCUGGUCAGAUGAUUUUCCCCAUCUGAAAUACACAAUACUGCAGGAGCCCUCUCAAAAUUAACAAUUGAAAUGAAAACCAAUCAGUCGAUUAAUCCACACCUGUCAUUCCUUGUGGUUAUUUCCAAUGUGAAAGCGGUUGCAUACUAUGAUUGCAUUAAAAAAUCAUAACUGUCUCUUAGAGGUUAGAAAAGGAAAACUAAACUUUCUAAAUGCUACUCGAGAUUACAGUAAAAACAUACAUUUUCUAACCUGAAAGCUGAACUAAGUUGCAUUUGUUUUCUUCAGUAGAAUAUGUUGCUGUUAACUGUAACGACAGGUUUAUCUGUCAAAUAUGUCCAGAAGGCAUCAUAAUUUCUAUUGCAUGUUAUGGGUUAAUAUUCCUGUAAUUGCAGUGCCGUAAAAGCUUAUUAAAGUUCUCCUUUUGGUUUUA